AUGUCCUUCUUUGCAGAUCUCCCCAAGGAUAACAAGAAGUGCAUCAAGAUCGGCAGCCCACUCGCCCUAUCUCUAAGCGACUGCCUUGCGUGCAGCGGGUGUGUAUCUGCAGAUGAGGCUGGGGCACUUUCGGAAGAUCUUUCGUUUGUCCUUGACCUGUCGCCUCAAACUUCCUUUGUUCUUUCUCCGCAGUCAAAGAUAAACAUCUUCAACCUUUACAGAGAGGAUGGCAUGGAGUACAGAGAAUUCGAGGCUGUCCUGUCUUCCUUCCUUAGAAGUAAGUUUAACAUACACAGGAUAGUGGACACCUCCUAUCUGAGAAGCAAGAUCUACGAGGAAACCUAUAGGGAAUAUAUGGCCACCAACCACCUGAUAGUCAGUGCAUGCCCUGGAGUCGUCACGUACAUUGAGAGAACUGCGCCCUAUCUCAUUGGAUAUCUGUCGAGGGUGAAGUCUCCUCAGCAGAUGGCGUUUUCUCUUGUAAAGGGGAGCAGAACGGUGAGUGUGAUGCCAUGCCAGGACAAGAAGCUGGAGAACGGAAGAGAUGGUGUUAAGUUCGACUUUAUCCUGACAACGAGAGGGUUCUGUAAGGCUCUCGACUCUCUUGGGUUCAGGAGACCUGCCAGAGCGAGCGGCAAGAGCCUCUGUAGUAUGGAGGAAGCAGAGACGACUCAAUGGAACAUCGGAACGAGCUCCGGAGGAUAUGCUGAGUUCAUACUUGGGAAACACUGUGUUGUGGAAACAAGGGAAAUCAGAAAUGGCAUUAAGGAGCAUCUGCUGGAUGACGGAAGAACAAUAUCUCAGAUCACGGGGCUGGAGAACUCUAUCAACUACUUCAAGAGCAGCAAGACCAAAGGGCCGAGACACAAAAUGACAGAGAUAUUCCUGUGCAAGAACGGCUGCAUCGGAGGGCCUGGGCAGGAAAGAGUCAACGAUGUAGAGAUGGACAUCAGAGAAUAUGAUCGCAAUGGAAGAGAACAGCCAAGGAUUUUCUACUCAUCACCUGGGCUAGAAGAAAAAAGGGUGUUUAGAGAGGUAAAGGCGAAAAGAGUGGACCUCAGGGUUGAUUGGUGA